AUGGGCAUCAAAAACAUUUGUAAAUUAGCUGGAAAGUUGGGUAAAAUGAUUGAGCACUAUAGCAAAUUUACCCCGGUUUCCCUGAGUUUAAAAGACCUUCUAUUAUUUGGUGAAACUUCGCCAGCAUCCAAGUCAUUCGAUUUUUUGAAAUAUGAACUCCCAGUUCGACUGGGGAAUAUUAUGCAGGAGAUCCAUCUUUUACCAGAUGUCUUAAGGAAAUCAAGAUCUAUCCAACAGAUUUGUUUAUUGUAUGAGGAGACAUUCAAUAGCAUUAUCAAGUAUGGAGAAUGCUCAACGAAGUCGCCUUCCACGGUAUCCAGGUUUACGGAUGACGUUGACCUUAUCUUACAGAAGCAUUCGAGGGUAGUUGAAAUAAUGGCAUUGGGUAUCAAAGAAAUCCAGAGUGAUGGAUCGUGGUCUGAGUCAGAAGAGUUGCAGCUACAGUAUUUUUUGGAUCGGUUUUACGUUAGUAGAAUUGGUAUUCGGACUUUACUGAAUCAGCAUUUCAUGUUAUAUGGACCCACACUCUGCAACGUACAGUCCCACGUUGGGGGUAUCGACCCAGAUUGUAGCCCAGUUCAAAUCGCAGUAAAUGCAUACAGUUACUCCAGACUACUGUGUAUUCAGGCGUAUGGUCGUGCACCGGGGUGUGACAUUGAAAUCCACGAUUGUGUAAAUAAAGAGCGUGCAUCUGGUAGUUUCAACAAGAUUGAUUUUUGUGUGGACGCAGCUGGUCAUGCGUCGACCAAAUCUUAUCUUUUGGACAACCAAAUGAACUGUGCAGAUUUAUCUGUGAAGGGGAAAGACAUAACAUUUUGUUAUAUACCUGGUCAUUUGUUUUAUAUGUUGUAUGAAUUGUUGAAAAAUUCGAUGAGAGCUGUUACUGAAAAUCAUAAUAAUGAUGGACAUUUGCCAAGAAUACACAUUCUUAUAUGCAACGGACCUGAAGAUAUCGUUAUUAAAAUUACAGAUUUUGGUGGAGGAAUGGCGUUAAAUAUGGUCGCAAAAACAUUUCGAUACAAUUAUACAACAGCUGUUCAUCCUGCAAAUCUACAUCCUACUGCACUAAAUUUUAAGGACAACUAUUCAACAAUUCAAUCAGCCAAUCAAGUGACAAUGUGUUCUACUGGAUCAACCCAACUAACUAGUCGAAUAAUAGAGACGAUGGCGGGAACUAUGUGUAUGAAAUAUUGCUGUGUGAUCACUUAUUCCAAAAAUGGAUCUUCAAAUGAAUAA